UGGCGGCGGCGCGCGGGAAGCGAACCGGAGCUCCGGCGCGGCGCGGCGGCCGCCGGGGAGCUCCGCUCAGGUGCGCGGCGAGAGGGGCGCGGGCCGGAGGCGGGCCUCCAGGACCGAGGCCGCGCGCAGCGCUCGCGCCAGCCGGAGCCGGAGGAUCUCCCCGGCGGACGCCUGGGUCCCUGGUCCAGCUCCCCGUCCCGGGUGGCAGCAGCGACCGGGGUCCGCCGCCCCCGAGAGCGCGCUUCGGGGGCCCAGCCCCGCCCCCGUCGGCCCCUAGCGGGGCCGCUCCGCGCCCCCCCCCCCUCCUCCCGGCCGCCUGCGCCCGCCCUCGGCCCUAGAUUUCUAAGGCAUUGGCCACGCCGCUGGGUGAUCCCUCCGGGCUCAAGUUGCAAGGGGGCGGGCCCGGGCCGGAGGUGGAGUCUCCCGCCAAUUGAAGCCUCGGCUAUAAAUCGAGCUCCCCGUACAGCCAAAGCCCAGAUGCCGCGCCAGGCCACCCCGAGGUUGGUGGUGGGUGAAGGUAGCGGGUCCCAGGGGGCUUCGGGGGCUGCAGCCACCAUGCUCCGCUCCCUGCUGCUUCACUCCUUGAGGCUCUGCGCCCAGACGGCCUCGUGCCUCGUGCUCUUCCCGCGCUUCCUUGGCACGGCCUUCAUGCUCUGGCUUCUGGACUUCCUGUGCAUCCGCAAGCAUUUCCUGGGCCGCCGCCGCCGGGGUCAGCCGGAACCUGCCGUGGAGCUCGACAGUGACGGCGAGGAGGUGCCCCCCGACGACCCGCCUGUCUGCGUGUCCGAUGACAACCGCCUGUGCACCCUGGCAUCGCUGAAGGCCGUUUGGCACGGCCAGAAGUUGGAUUUCUUCAAGCAGGCGUAUGAGGGCGGUCCAGCGCCCAACUCCGAGGUGGUCCUGCCCCACGGCUUCCAGAACCAGCACAUCCUUGACUACGCGAGAGGGAACCGCCCGCUGGUUCUCAAUUUCGGCAGCUGCACCUGACCACCGUUCAUGGCGCGCAUGAGCGCCUUCCACCGCCUGGUCACCAAAUACCAGCGCGACGUCGACUUCCUCAUCAUCUACAUCGAGGAGGCCCACCCCUCGGAUGGCUGGGUCACCACGGACUCCCCCUACAGUAUCCCGCAGCACCGAAGCCUGGAGGACCGGGUCAGUGCCGCCCAAGUACUGCAGCAAGGGGCGCCCAGCUGCUCCCUUGUCCUGGACACCAUGGCCAACUCCAGCAGCUCGGCCUAUGGGGCCUACUUCGAGCGCCUCUACGUAAUCCAGAAUGGCACCAUUAUGUACCAGGGUGGCCGCGGCCCAGACGGCUACCAGGUGUCUGAGCUGCGCACCUGGCUGGAGCGCUAUGAGGAGCAGCUGCACGGCGCUCAGCCCCGCCGAGUGUAAACAACCAUGGGCCAGUUGGCUGAACUUGGCAGGCCAUGCCUUCGAGCCUUCGAAGCCCACGUGCAAAUGCCCCCCCAAACAAGUCGGGUGUGCAGAGGGCCCCAUGACACAGAUGUGCUGAGCCAGGGAUCGCCGGCUGGGUCUGCGCCCCCAGCCAAGGCACCUGAAAAUUCUCCCUCGCCUCCCCGGACUCUGAGGCUGUGACUGUCCCUCACCUGCACUUGCCUGGCUGGCUCGAAAUCCCCCUUCUGAGUGUGGAUGCCACCUUUGCCUGGGUUCUCCCCUCCCCCACUCGUCCCCGCGGAGGCCCCUGCCUCUCACACCCCCUCCCCAGAGAGAAGAGCCACUGUGCCUUCAGCCAGGUGCAGCAGCCCUCGCGGAGUCUCUGGCCUGCCAGCAGAGCCGGCCGCUCGCCCCAGGCGCCUGGCACCCACACCUGUCGUUGGCAGGGAGGGGGCGCUCUGCUGCGUUUGUGUCUAUUUCUUGUCGCUGAGUUGGGAGUGGGGGCUUGGGCUGGGGAAGGGUGGCCAGGGUUGCCCCCCCUUAUUUUGGGUGCUCAGGAGCCCCACUGCUGAUGACGAGCUGUCUCUAACUGGUCUUGACCACGAGCCGGUUCUGAAUUGCAGAGGGCUCGCAGGAGCGCCUGAAACGAGGGAGGACAAGUACUCUGGGCUUCCGGGAGGAAAGCGCCACACAGGGGGUCCAAGAGGGGGGCUGGGGGUACCGUUCGGGACCAGAGGUAGCCGGCUUGAGAGGCACUGGCAAGGUUUGCAGCGCCCCAGGGAGAAGGAAGAGGCUGGGACUCCUGGGAAACGGGGUGUGGGUGGAGGAGUCCGCGAGAAAAGAGAGAAGGGAAGCGCACGGACACCCCCCGAGUGAGGGGUCUCCUGGGCAGAGCUGCCGGCUGUGGGGCCAGGAAGUGGGAGGCCCCUGAUUCGAAGGCCAUUUUUGAGUGUUUUGCUGGAAAUACUCUCUGUAUAUAAACUUCUUUUACGCUACAAUAAUAAAAGCUUGAAGUAAACUGC